AGAAAAGAUACUCAAUAAAAAUUUACAUAAUUUUUAAAACAUUUCAGUUUAACAGAUCACAAUAGAGUUAUAGGAAAUGUUUAAUAUUCGCAUUUUUAUCGCAGCCACUAUUUGUGCUUCGAUUAUUCCUAGCGCUCUAUCGGCUUCUUGCAUCCUUGGUUCGCUUAUUCCUCAUGAAUCGGACUGCUCUAAGUUCUAUCAAUGUUCCCCUUGGGGGCCUCAAGAAAUGUCCUGUGCUCCUGGAACACUAUUUAAUCCGAAAAUAGGUGUGUGCGAUUGGCCAAGUCAGGUUGAAUGCGUUAAAUCAACAACAACUACCACUGAAAGGACAACAACCACUACUGAAACUACUGUUCCUACAACUACAACAACAGAAGCUUCCACUACUGAAGAAACAACAACAACGACAACGGAAGCUUCUACUACUAAACAGACAACAACUACAACAGAAUCUUCUACUACUGAAGUAACAUCAACUACUACAGAAGUUUCUACAACUGAAGCAGAAGAUGUUACAGAAGAAACUACGGAAGAGAAUACAGAAGAAACAACAACGGCGGCAAGUAGUACAACAAAAAAUCCUGAAACAACCAGGGUACCUACUUCCGAAGCAACAACUGCGACAGCUCCUCCUACUACAACUGAAGACUCUGAAUUAACCACUGAAGAAUCAGAAACAGCCACUGAGGAAAGUACUACAACAGCAGCUCCAACUACUACAACAAGAGAACCUGAAACGACUAAGGCACCAACUACUGAAGCAAGUACUACAACUCAAGCUCCAACUACUACAACUAGAAAACCUGAAACAACUAAGGCACCAACUACUGAAGCAAGUACUACAACUCGAGCUCCAACUACUGAAGCAAUUACUACAACUCGAGCUCCAACUACUGAAGCAAGUACUACAACUCAAGCUCCAACUACUACAACUAGAAAACCUGAAACAACUAAGGCACCAACUACUGAAGCAAGUACUACAACUCGAGCUCCAACUACUACAACUAGAAAACCUGAAACAACUAAGGCACCAACUACUGAAGCAAGUACUACAACUCAAGCUCCAACUACUACAACUAGAAAACCUGAAACUACUAAGGCACCAACUACUGAAGCAAGUACUACAACUCGAGCUCCAACUACUACAACUAAAGCUACAACUACUACAACUAAAAAACCUGAAACAACCACUAAAGCACCUACUACAGGCACUACUGCUUCACCGACAACAACUAGUAAACCGGACGACGAGGACGAAUUAAAAACUAUUUGUUCCGGUUACUCAGGAAUGGCGUUCGUCGCACAUCCUCACGACUGCCACAAAUUGAUAUUUUGCUCCAAAGGAGUACCUCGUGUAAUGGAUUGCCCGAAGGGCCAAAAUUACGACCCAAAAACGAGGAGUUGCUCUUGCUCCGCACCGUGUAACAAAAAAUAAUAUUUUCGUGCAACGAGUAUAGUAUAGAUUUCUAACAGCAUUUUAUGUAUUAGUGAUAUUUGUUCAAACUACUGUCAAAUUUAUAGAACGUAAAAUAAACGUUUCCAUUUUAAACUGUCG